CGAUGCGACGGAAGAAGAAGUCAGCCAAGCGGGUCGACCAAGAAGGCCUGCAAGACCUGCUGAACAGCAUGCCGACGAUGGCCAGCAGCUCGUCCACGAUGCGGCACUCGUUCCCGCCGUCGCCGAAGGAGAGGCCAACGGCGCUGGGCGAUCGACUGCAGACGGCGCUAGUGUUGGGCGUCUUUUGCCUACUGGCCGUCGUCGUUGGCAUCUUCCUCUUCUACGGCGUCACCCCGACAGAGCCCGUUUGUCGGUCGGACGUCUGCCUCUCCUACUCCAAGCUUCUCCGGGAGAUGCUGAACGUUUCGGUGAAACCCUGUGACGACUUCUACAGCUACGUAUGCUCCAAAUGGGACGCCAGGCAUUCCUACUCGUUCAAGGAAGGUGUAUAUCUGCGGUUCAUCCAGCGCGUGUCCGAGAGGAACCGCCGCACUGCCGUUCCAGUGCAGGGACAGAGCGCGUCGCAGAAGGCCGCCAAGUUCUACCAGUCGUGCUCGGCCACCUACACGCAAGGCGGUGACAGCGAGCUGGACGCAGUCAAGCAGCUGCUGCUUCGGGUCGGCGUCCUCUGGCCCCGGCUCAGCAAUGACUCGAACGUGCUCCGCAUCUGCUUCGCCAUGUCGGCCAUGCUCGACUGGGCACCCGUGAUCCUCUUCUCGGUCCAUCGCCCCGCGGUGCCGAUGACGGUGUCGCCAUCGGUGUUCUUUCGCGAAGUCCUGGACAGGCGUAAAGCCAUGCUCGGCGGAGGUGGUAGCGACUACAGGACGUACUUCGGGCACAUGUUCCGCGUCUUUGGCCAACCCGAAGGACCGCGCGACGACGUACUCGCGUACGGCGAGCUGAUCGCGAUGGAGUCCCACCUGGUUCCGGCGCUUGAACGAGCGUAUGCCGUGAUCGAGGGCGACUUCGUGGAAAACGCGACCCUCGACGACGUCAUCCAGUUGGCCGGCAACACGAUCCCCAAGUGCGUAUACGAACGGUCAUUGAGUUUUACGGCAGAGAGCCGGUCGACUGGAGCCUCUGAAAAGAAUGGCAGUGCAAGCGAUGACUAGUUGUAGGAAGGGCUGUGUUUGCGCCGCGCUAAGAAGGAGGGGAAACGAUCUGCAUGCGAGCCGCUCAGGAAAAGUGUACGCGUUCGGCAGUUGGUGCCUGAAAACAAAGUGUAUGAUUCGCCUCAAGAGGGAGCAUGUGCAGUGCGCAAGGGUGUAGUACAAUAUUUCUUCCGCACCUGUAGUCUUUGUGACCCCGUAUUUAUAGAGAGCAGUUGCAGUGGAAACAAUAAACAACUUAA